AUGGAUCCCAUCGAUGACAGCGACGACGUGCGUCGCACAGAGCUGGAAACGCUCGAGGCCAUCUUCCCGGAGCUGCACCGGCCCGAGGGCGCCGAUUCGCCGUUCACUUUUGAGCUCGAGAUUCCUGUCGAGCUGGCCGAGCCUUUGACGGUUACUUUUCCGCCCGUUGGAAACACCAUCGAUGAGGACCCGGCAUCGCAGAAUGGCUACCCAGGCGCGGCAGCAGCAGCAGCAGCAGCACUACCGCCACCCCUCGACUCUCUUCAAGUGUCGCAUCUCCCACCCAUUUCGAUACUCUUCAAUCUUCCGGAUGGCUACCCAGAAUCGUGUCCUCCACAGGUCCAGCUGAAAAUGACGUCGCAGUGGCUGCGCGAUGAAACCCUCGCCCAACUGGAGAGGGAUGCGCCGCGACUCUGGGAAGAAAUGGGGCGUGACAUGGUCGCAUACACAUACAUUGAUCAUAUCCAGCGUGGUGCUGAUGACGUCUUUGGCACCAUUAGGACUGACGGUACCCUCGCUGUCGACCCGGAGCACAAGCUCGCUGUACUGGAUUACGAUAUCAAGGCAAAACAGGCAGCCUUUGAUAGGGAAACGGUCGAGUGUGGCGUAUGCUUGGACCCGAAGAAAGGCACGAGCUGCCACAAACUGAUGGACUGCGGCCACAUAUUCUGCGUUCAGUGUCUAUGCGACUUUUACGGGGACGCCAUCAAAAGCGGCGAAAUUAUCACUGUACGGUGCUUGGCACCCAACUGUGCCAAGGAGCGAGCCUCAAAGAGUCCUGCCGCUUCCGCUGGGCGUCCCACCAAGAAGCUAAAGACGUUCAUCAGCCCUAGCGAAUUGCUUCAAAUCGGCCUGUCGGAGGAGCUCGUCAAGAGAUAUGUCACGCUCAAGUACAAGACGGAGCUGGAGUCAGACAGAAACACCAUCUAUUGUCCGCGGCAGUGGUGCAACGGCGCCGCCCGCUCCAAAAAGCACAAAAAGCCUCGGGGUCUCGAACUCGUUGACGUGUCAGACGAUGAUGACGAAGAAGACCAAGAUACGGAAGUGGAGGACAGCAUCAAGAAGAAGGGAAAAGCUACCACAAAAGCCAAAUUCAACCCGGCCGACUUACUGUGCGUGUGCGAUGACUGCAGCUUCGCUUUCUGCAGCAGGUGUCUUCAGUCCUGGCAUGGCGAAUUCGUGCGCUGUACAGGGAAGAAGACGAAAGAAGAGCUCACGGACGAGGAAAAGGCUUCAGUGGCAUAUCUCGAACUGCACACCUCGCCCUGCCCGACAUGCUCUGCCCCGGCACAAAAGACGCAUGGCUGCAACCACAUGGUCUGCUCGCGCUGCGACACGCACUUUUGCUACCUCUGCUCAGCGUGGCUAGACCCGAGCAACCCGUACAAGCACUACAACAUGCAGCCCAAUGGCAAGGUGACCUCCUGCUACAUGCGGCUCUGGGAGCUGGAGGGUGGUGAUGGUAACGACGUCGGGCUCGGGUUCGGCGGCGGACAAGGCCAAGCGCCGGGCCCCGCGGCGAUGCCAGCGCCUGUGGAGGAGGACAUGCUGGUUCUACCCCCUGAAGACGAGGAAAGCGACGGCGAAGAAUCAGUUCUUGAUGAGAAUGGCGCCAAUGAUGAACCUCUGCCGGAAGAGCAGCAGCCUCAGCCGCGAGGGCCAGCUGUUGCACGAGAAGCGCCCCUUGUUCUGCGAGUCAUGGAUGACCCAGCAGCGCGUGUGCACAGAAACGAUGCCGCAGAUGCUGCUACAGUAGCGCCGGGCCAAGACGGACGACGCGGUGGCCGCGGCCGUGGUGGCGGCAACAACAACAACGACAGAGGGCAGAGGGGACCCGGUCGCGGAGGAGCUGCGGCGCGCGGUCGAGGACGGGGCGGUGCAGCCCCGGGACGUGGAGGGGGGCGACGGAACUUGCAUGGGGAGGGUCGUGCGAGACGGCAGUUUAUUCCCUUGGUCGGACGAGAGCAAGAAGUGGUGGAGCGAGAGUUGGAGCGGUUAGAUGCGCAGCUCAACCCGGCGCAGCAAGCGUGGAUUCGCAGGUUUCUGGAAAUGGCGCUGGAUGAUGAGGAAGAUGGCCUUCAUGAUGAGUCGGACGAUGAAGAUUUUGACUUUAUGAUGCGCUGA